GCUCACCGGGAGGUAGUACAGUAUAUAAGCAGUCUCCUCGCAGCUCCGGGCCAAAGCUGCCGCAGCCACGAUGGCCUCCACCGCCCUUUGCCUCCUGAUGGUGCUCUGUUCCAUGGGAUUAAGCUCCGCGAAACUGGCAAUACUUUCUGAUGAUGGAGAACUACAUUGUGAAGCGGAGGGAAUGGUUUGUCCAUCCUGAGAACUGUGAUCAGUACGUAGACUGUAUCCCGAAAGGCAAACUUUUUGAGGCUCACAUUGGAUCUUGCAGGGGAGCCGUCUUUAAUGAGGACGUCAUGAAAUGUCUCAAUCCAGGCAAGGACACCAACUGCACAGUCCAUGACCGCCACGCCAGAGCAUUACCAAUGGAUCCAAACUAUGACUUCAUGUGCGAGGACAUUCAGAGUGGCUUUUUCUGUCUGUCUUGUAAAACGCUCGUAAAUUGUGUGAACGGACGAGCUUAUAUGGACGACUGUGGAGCAGGUCAUACCUGUGACAUGCGGGAUACCUUUGGUGGCGGUGUUUGCUACCCAAAUAGUCCUGAGAUAUGUCAGUGCCAGAACAAGAGAGAACUCCUUCCUGACCCAUAUAGUCCACAGGCUUACCUCGAAUGCCGAGCUGGAAAUCUAGAGCCAAAUGUUGAAUUCUGUAAAAAGGACAUGGUCUUCAAGGCAGAAGAUCUCAUGUGCCAAUAUCCUGUUGGUUACGUUGAAUGCACCAAACAUGGCAUCUUCCCCAAUCCCAACGACUGCACCGAAUAUUACAAGUGCAUGCCAGUUGCACAAGGAUUGAUUCAGUAUACAUUUAGCUGUACAUGUGGUUUUCUCUUUAAUGAUUUAACAGGGAAGUGUGAAGACCCCUGCAGUUAUCAGCCAGAAGAGUUCACCUGUAAAGCAGAAGGUCGCUUCCCAGAUGAGUAUAACUGUCACAAGUUCUACUUGUGCAUUACUGACAGUUCCUCUGACUCAGGUUAUCACCUAUCCCACCAGAGCUGCCCACAACAUUCCUUCUGGAAGCCAGGUCAGAUAGAAGGCACUGGGUCAUGUCAGGUCUCCACGGACAACACUGAAUGCUUGAAACUUCAGAUGCCCAAAUGUACAGUGCCUGUCGGAAGAAAUUGUACUGACACUCCCUACGUGACCUCAGGGGGAGAGUGCAUCCAGGGCAGUCCCAACUGUCUGUGUGACUCUUCCACCGGCUAUCUUUUCUGCGAGGAAGGAUACACAUUCGAUGGAGAAACUUGCGUGCCCACAGGAAUAACUACAGCAGCUUUUUAGAUGUGAUCGGCGCAAACCACCUAGCCUGCCUAUUCUUCGAAGUCAGAAGUGCUGGACAAUAACUAUUACGCAGCCUUUAUGUAAUAACCAUAAUAUGGAAAGAAUUCUAAAUAAAUGACUGCUUCUGGGUAUAGAAAAAAAUAAGCAUCUUUUUUUUUCUGAUAGAUACAAGAACAAUACCUUUCUAAGUGUGCUUCUUUUGUCCAUUUGUAAAGAGCUGUAACAAUAAAAAUACAAAUAAAA